AUCCAAUAAAAAAUAAACACCGUGAUCUUUAGAUGGACCAGCAACUGAUAUGUGACUAGGUCUACUGGUCCUUUUUACACAUCUUAUUUCUAGCAGAUGCAGACUCAUUCAAUUGCAGAAAAAAGGGUAUAUUUCCUGUCCCAGUGGGAGGAGCUAUGCAAGAGGAGCUGGUGGCCUCUAUGGUAGCUGUUAACUUGGCAGGAACACAGAGAUUUGAAAGUGAUUAUGGAGUCAGAUUCAACCGUGACAGUAGCAGCGCUUCAGGGUCAAGUCAAUCUAUUUCAGCACUUAGGAUCUCAAGACGGGGAAGAAGAUUGGUGGAGGGCAUGAAGCUGGUGGAUUGUAUUAUCUUGACGGUGGUGGAUCUUCAAUUGCUCUUCAAACUUCACUUACUCCUCUACAAUGGCAUUGCCGACUGGGACAUCUAUCUCUCAAGGCUCUCAAGAUUUUGGUUCCGUCAUCGAGUCAUUUGUCAGUUUUGCAAUGUGAGUCAUGCCAGUUUGGGAAACAUCGUCGUGUGCCCUUCAGUCCAAUAGUUAAGAGUCGUAUGUUGAGUCAUUUU